GAUGCACGUGGGCGUGUGCAUCGCAGCUGUAAACAUGAAAGUGAUCGCGAGGAUCUUGACACGGUAAGCGCGGUCCGAGUUCCCCUUGGGGCACCAUAUAAUGUGUCGCGGCGCGCUCGAAACAACAGCACCCAAGGACGAAACGAUUCCCCGAGCCGAACGUGUAACGUCGUGACCCCUCGCGGUCUCGAUCGCGUCUCGUUGGCGACGUCGACGUUGCUUGGGUGGUCAGUGUCGCCGGCUUCCUACGGUCCGUCUCCGAUUACUUUCCCGACUGCGCGCCUCGCUGUCGGGCAGUGGAAUGCGCCCGAAAUGGCCAGCGACAAAGGUGACUGCAGCGGCGGCGACGGUGGUGACAACAACGUGAUCGCCCUCUCCAACGAAGACGACUGUGCGGCUGCCGGUGGCGAGUUGUCGCAGCCUAGCGCGUCCGCGCCGGCGUCACGGUCCGCAGCGCCCAGCAUUCAGCUGUGCGGCUUCCUGAACAAGCUGAGCAGCACGAGCCUGGUCAAAGUCUACAAGCGCCGCUGGUUCGAGUUCGCCGAGAGCAACUGCAAGCUGUACUACUACCGCGAUCCGGACGACGCGAACCCCAUAGGCGAGAUCGACAUCAAGUCGGCCAGUUUCUACCUCGACGUUACGAACUGGGAAAAGCCGGGGGUAUUCGUGAUCCGAACGCCUCAGCGGCAGUACCAUUUGGAAGCCAAAGACCGCCAGGCAAGCUUGUACUGGCUGCAAGAACUGCAGCGGCACCGUCGAGCGUUCAGCCUUCAGAGGAAUCUCAACCUGAAACACAGCCGCUCGGUCUCCGAGACAUGCUCAUCCUCGCAGGCGACGAGUGGACUUCUGCACAAGAAGCCACCACAGGCUGAGGAAGUGUCCGGAAGCGAGGAAACUGACCGAGGACUGCUCUUAUCACCAGUCGAGUGCCCCGCGACCGUUGUGGGAGAGCACGUCGCUGUGCAGGCGCCGCCAGCUCCCCCUGCCUCAAACGUGCUCUCCAAUUUCAAACACUCAUUUCAAAAGAAGCAACGGUCUCUCAGCAGCGACGACGGGAAAACUGAAGGACUGAGCCACUUCUACACGGGAGAAGAGGACAACAGUUAUGAGUAUGAAGACUGCGAUACACCAUUGUCGCCUUCCAAGCUAAAGUCGCCCGCGGUCUUCACGUCUUUCAAAAAGAAGCUGCAGGACUCGUUUCGGGCUCGGCCUAAGGUAGAAGUCGAGAUGUUCACAUCAGCUCCUCCGAUUCUGCGAAAGCUCCAUGAAGGAGUGUGCUGCAAGUGCAAAGAGUUUGAACGCGAAACAAGUGCCUUACGUGAGGAGCUGCAGUGUAAAGACGAUGAGCUGACAGCGAGCAAGGAAGUGAUCAAGGUCCUCCGUCAGCAGCUGGAGCUGGGAAGCAGGGAACAAGAGACACUAAACAAGCUCUAUGCAAAUUCAAGCAACGAGAACUACACGCGGAUGCUUCACGAGAAGGACAAGCUCCUUCUAGAGCUCAGAAAUGAGCUAUACAUGUGCAAGGUGCAGCUUGAAACCACGCAGAACAGGCGAUGUUCCGUAGAGAGGGAACUUGACGAGCUGAAAGACCAGAGCUCUCUGUACCAGGAGGUGCUGAAAGAAAAAGACAGGCUCCUCAUGUCACUCACCAACGAACUGCACGACAUCGAGGAGGAGAAGAAGGAAGAGCAGGCCACCAUAAUGCAGGCCGAGCAGGCAGAAGAGAACGCCUGUCGAGUCCAGAUGGCAAAGAUGGCCGAGGAGAUAGAGCAGCUAAAGGAUGCAGUUGCAGCAUUCCACGUGCAAAACAAGUUCCUCAACAAGGAAAUUCUCGAACUGAACGAACUUCGGUGGAACUCGGAGGAGAGAGAACGGCAGCUCAUCAUAAAAUGCUCGAAUGCCGAAGCUAGGCACUACCAGACCCAGAGCAAACUUCUGUUCCUCCUCAAGGAGCUCAACAGUCCGGAGGAAGGUGAAGCCGGUGUCCAGGCCAUCGUGAGCCAGCUUCUGGAAGAAGCCAUGCACGACCCGACAGUUCCUAAAGAGGUUCAGGAGUCUUUCCAGACCAGUGACGAUGUCUACGACUCGUAUGGGUUCAACCGAAAGUGGGGCAAGGAGUGCGACGUCGUCGUCUCCAAGGCGGAGAACCUGCGGAGGAAGUCCGAGCACAUCUCGAGCACCAUGCAGGACCCACUUCAAAUCUCGUGGCGAGUGAAAUGGGAGAACUACAGAGCCAACAUCGCCCCUGGGCGGCCGCUCCAAAAGACUCCAGAGCUGAAGGCCCUCAUACGUACAAGCAUUCCCCAAGAGUUCAGGAGCCAGAUAUGGAAAGGGUGUGUUGAAUUCUACGUUGGUCAGGAAAGAGCAGAAAAAGGUACCGGUUACUACGAAGACUUGGUGACGUCCCCGCCUCUGACAAAUACCUGCGACCCUGCUGUAAAACAGAUCGAACUCGACCUGCUGAGAACGUUGCCGAACAACCGGCAUUACGAAACUCCCGAUGCUCCUGGAAUCAACCCCCUUCGCCGAGUGCUGCUCGCCUACAGCCGAAGGAAUCUCAUUGUAGGAUACUGCCAGGGUUUGAACAGGCUGGCAGCCAUCGCCUUGCUCUUCAUGUCCGAAGAGGACGCCUUCUGGUGCCUUGUCGCUGUCGUCGAGUACAUCAUGCCACGCGAUUACUACAGCCGCACUCUGGAGGCCUCUCAGGUCGACCAGCGAGUCCUCAAAGAUCUGAUGGCCGAAAAGCUGCCGCGCCUCAGUGCCCACUUGGAGGCCAACAAAGUGGACCUGUCCCUGUUCACCUUCAACUGGUUCCUCACCGUUUUUGUGGACACGAUACCGGCCGAGACGUACCUCUACAUCUGGGAUGUGUUCCUCUACGAGGGAAACAAGGUGCUCUUCCGCUUUGCGCUAGCAAUCUUCAAGAUCUGCGAGGCCGAAAUCUUGGCCCAGGAGGACUACAUGGCAAUCAAUCGCUACCUGCGAACCAUGUCCGAGAGAAUCACCGACAUCCGGCAGCUCGCUCAGGUUGCUUUUGGUGACCUGAAUCCUUUCCCGAUGAGAGUCAUCAAUGCCAAGAGAGUGCAGCACAUGCAAGCUGUCAAGGAGCAGCUACGGAAGCUAGAUGAAAUACGCAACUCAUUGCCAACAAGGAAGGUGCAGGAGUGUGGCAGUCCGGAGUUGUCUGACGAUCCGUCAAAGUAGACCGACUGCCGGCAAACUGCCCCUCCGUUUGCUUGGCAUCGCGAAAGUCCCGAGUGCCAUCGAUUGUCAUCUGCCGUAGUCAACUACAGUGCAAUGCCUUACGUUACCCACAACUGAGACCAAGACAACUUGCUGUCGUCGAUUGUGAUAACAAACGCCAUUUUCUUUGAAGCCACUCAUUCACUCUGUUAUACGACUGCACACCAAGUGCUGUUGUUUAAUGGUAACCCUAUUUGAAAGCACCGAGGUGGCUUUUCCAGAAUGUGCCUCGUUGCCGUAUUGGCAGAAGCUGUGCAGCAUUGUGAUAGGCUGCGGUCAGUGUUAGCUCAUGAGAGGCAGAGCUAUGCGUUAUUGAACAUUUCCAGUGGAGUAGAGGAUGAAAUCGUUUUAAAAUCAAGAUUUAAUCGCUAGUGAGUAUUUGAGAUUGAACAAUUUGGUAUAUUUAUGUAUACAUCAACAAGGAUACAGUGGGCGAGAAAGAAACCUGAUGAAUGUUCCUUACAUGUAUUUGUUUUAUCAGUAUGUAAUUAGGGUAUACAUACUCAGGUGCUUUGAAAAUUAAAUUAAAUACUGGUAAUUUGAUCAAGAAAAUGGUAAAAUAAGAAAAUGAAUGUUUCCUAAGCUGAGCUAGGUUAUGAGGGUGUACAUUGUCAUUAAUGUAAUACAUGAACAGCAAAAGAAUUGCUAUUAUUACAUAAACCUUUUAUGUGAAACUCUUCUAUAUAGCCACCAGUUGCCUUAUCUUGGUGUUAGUAAUGAUCUUGCCCUGUUACUCGGCAACAAUACACAAGUCAGAUUUUCCAAAAAACCUGAAUUAAGAAGAAUGAAAUGCUUGAUUUGUAUUCGGAAUGUAUAAUUUUCCAAUGCCCCUUUUUGGCAACAAGGACCCAUACUAAAAGUGUGAAGACCUGUGAUUGCCUGGCGUCAUAGCAACCGCUAUUGCCCAGGCACGUAGGGGCUAACCAGUCGCAAUGCAUUUAUUGUUUUGAUCAGUUUCAGCUCUGCCCCUGAUUGGCUGAAAAUUGCUAGCUUCCACAAUGCUGUGCGAUUUUGCACAUUUUUACUAUGUGCAGUGCGUCUUUUUGCAUGCAGCAUGUAUCUUACUCAAGAUUACUUGGUGUGCCCAUUUGAACAAGCCUGCCCAACACUUACCGAGGCACCGUUUAAGUGAUAAGAACUUUGAAUGUGUGUUGGGCAACCGGCCAUUCUAUUAACUGUACUAUAUUUUUCUUUCAGACGCCUAUUGCACAUUUUACAUUUUUGUACACUCAAUACAAGGCUACCACUUAAAUACUGCUGUGAGUAGUGAGCCCAGACACAUGACAGCAUUUGCACACAAUUCGAAUGUGGUCAAAGCUUAUCCUGACCUUCGAAAAUGGUGCCGUCUUAAUUUUUAUAGAUUUCUAACGUACACACCAGCAAGUCAUAGAUGAUGCUGGAAGCAGAAACACACAACAUGUUUCAAAUCUGAGCGGCGAGUAGAGUCAGUGCACUUGUGGAAUUUUCAUAGAAGCAAUAUAUCCUAAGGAGUUGUGUACCGUGAACAAGCACCGUUUUUUUUUUUAGUAAGCGACACCAACAUUUUAUUAACAAAGCACAUGAUUUAGUGAAUGCAAGCGAUUGCUCGCACUUUCUUUUUGCUUGAACAAAACUUUAACAUAUUUUGUAAUUCACCUUGAUGGUGUGAGCCAUGUCUUAAGACUUAUACUGAACUUCUCUGCUGUGGAUGCCGGGAUGCCGAGUCUUGGCCUGUGAUAUCUUGACGUAGUAUUCCAGAUGUGUCAAUCUUAACUUUUCCUUAUUCUUUGAUGUUGAGAUGAACGGGACAAAUUCGUCAUUUGUAAUGCUACCUUCAUGCACUGAACUCAAAAGUGCACGCAUUUUAUGCUCAGUGACAACUAACGCACUUAUAAAGUGCCUUGGGCAAUGACGAAGUGUAGUACGCAUGGAAGUUUGCUGUUGUGUUAUACUUACAUUUCUUAAUUUUUUUUUUGCGUGCAGUCACUUAAUUGUGUACGGCAUUCCAUGUAAGAGUUGUGACGUUUCAUACAAAAGAAGGCUUUGACAUAUAUGUAUCAACCCUCCUUCAAAGCUUUAUUAUAUACUUAGCCCACAUAUUGGAUUAACCUAUUUAAGCUGCAAUGAUUACAAUCUACCAAAUGUGACUGCUUUAAAAGCAUGCAAUACCUGUGUAGUCCACAAAAGUGCUGUGUAAUAUUUUUGUAACAUAAU